ACUGUCAGUCUUAAAUUCGAGACUAUUUUAUAAGAAAAACGAAAAAAUGUUAAUAAUCUGACAAAUAAAUAGGUGUUGUGUGAAAGUGAAUCGGGCCUGGUUAACAAGUGAACUAAUAACCAAAAAGUGAUCAAUUUAAUAGAGAAAAAAGAGAAAUAAGUUCUUACCAUACAUACAUACAUAUUAAAAUGAAUAACUAUACAAGGAGAUACUGGCCGAUUGUACUUUACUUAUUCUCGUGUUCACUUUCCUUUAUCGAUGGCUCUUUUAUACUGCCAGAGAAUGACCCCCCCACCACUGCUCCAAAAUUCUUAUCCCGGGGUCAUUUGUACAAGGUCAUCGUCGGGGAGACCAUCGAGUUGCCCUGCAAAGUACAAAACCUCGGGUCAUUUGUGCUUUUGUGGCGGAAGGGUUCAUCCGUGCUUACAGCCGGGCAUUUGAAAAUUACCAGGGAUCAACGAUUUAAGAUAGUGGGGGAUUACAACUUGCAGAUUAAUGGAGUGAAGACUCAAGACGCUGGAGAUUAUAUAUGCCAGCUCGGUGAUCAGGAAAAUCGGGAUCAAGUUCAUACAGUAGAGAUUUUGGUGCCGCCGACGCUGAGGGCCCUUCCACAUAAUGGACAAGUCACUGCCAGGAAGGGAAGCACUGUCACUUUGGAGUGCAAAGCAUCUGGUAACCCUGUGCCCACAAUAUUCUGGUUCAAGAAAGAUGUGUUCUCCGCGCCAUCUCACUUGUCGGACAGCUCAACACUUAUAUUGGAAAACGUGGACAGACAUCACGCUGGCACUUAUCAGUGUUCCGCCGAUAAUGGGGUUAAGGACCGCGUAUCCAUGGACAUAGAGCUGACCAUACUCUCUCCUCCUGAAAUCACCGUAGAAAAGUCCUGGGUUCAUGCAUCCGAAGGAUACGAUGUGGAGCUUGUUUGCAUUGUUAAUGGAGAUGUCAACUCAGAAAUGCUGUGGUAUCAAAACUCAUUUCUACUUGAUGCAACCGAUCGACGAUCUAUGUAUCCACGUGAUGAAAGAUACAGUCUUAUUAUUCGGAACUUCCAGCCCACAGAUUUCGGAAAUUAUAGCUGUGUGGCCGAUAACGCAUUGGGAAGAACAAAGAAAUAUAUUGAAGUAUCUGGCAGACCGGGGCCUGCUGAUUUUAUUUCCCCAGGUAUAGGUGGAUUCAUAGACCAUUACAACUUGACGUGGACCAUUGAGUCUAUACCUCCGCUGGAUGAGAUUAAACUCUUGUAUCGACGUCUUUUGAUGAAUGAAACCUACCAGCAUCCUGGUAAAUGGCAUGAAUAUCACAUCAAGCCAACGCCAAUAAGAACCGAUGGAUCGCACUUUUUAAUGUCGUAUCUGGUCAGAAACUUGGAGCACAAUGCUGUCUAUGAAGCGAUUGUACAGGCUAAAAACAAAUAUGGAUGGAACGAGAUCAGCGAUAUUCACCAGUUUUAUACGCGAAAUCAUGAUCUUCUUCUCGAUAUCGACAUGGAAUAUAAAAUGGGCAUUUCAAGCAAUAUUAGAAUAUCUCCAACUUACUUUGGAAUAAUUUUAUCUAUAUUUAUGUUGGUAUUCUAUCCCAUCAUUAGUGUUUAAAAAGUAAUGAGUAGGGUUUAUUUGCAAAUAUAAUUUAAAUGGUGCCUUACUAAAACUUUAGCAAAUAAUUAAAUUUACAUAUAUGUACAUUAAGAACUCGUAUUAAAUGUAUCGAAAUCUCAAUAGAAUACUUCUCUCAAUAGAAUAUUAAUGAACGUACUUCCGAAAUGUUUAAAGAUACAUAGAGGAUCUUAAAAGUCAUUAUUUUUUAUUACCACGGAAGGAAAUAUCAUUAAAAAAAUAUUCACUUAAGGUGUUAAAGUAAAUACUUAACACGUUCAUAGGAUCAGUAUUUCAUUUCAUUAUGUGAGAAUUAAUUUUGUUAAUUCAUGCUAAUCAAACUUUAUGUAAGCCUUAGGAGUGUUCUAAUACUCGGGUAAAGAAUCUGAGCAAAAAAUGUUAGCCUCAGUAUCCAAAUCCAUGAACUGAGUACCGGAUUAAAUCAUAAUUACUCUCAAAACAGAUCUAAAAAUCAGCCCAAACGAAACUAACCGAUAUUGAUAAGGAAUAUUAACGUCACACCAUAAAGGGUUCGAAUUAGGCCAUAAAGUUAGAAAAUACUUAUCCGAAUACGAUCGGCAAAAAGCCCUCGAAUUAAAAUUACGGAAAACGAAUUUCGUAUACUUGCACAAAAUAUAUAUGUAAAUAAGCACAAGUAAUUUAGAAACAUCUUCUGAUUGACAGUGAAAAUGUUAAGAAUCAGAAAAAAAAACAUUUACCACGUUUAUACGAUGCAUAUCCCCAUAGCCCUCAUAUUUUUAUAUUUUUCGGUAUUACUCUAAGUUUCAAAAAUGUAAUAGGCAAACACAAGGGCAAUAAGAAAUCACGUCUCUCAAAGAAUUUGUUUUUUAUUAUUAAUUAUUUAAAAAAUUGUUAUUCCCCCAGAGUGGUGAGAAAUUUUUUAACAUAUCGCGAUAGGGUAUUAUACUAUACUUAUAUCCACAAUCGUAUAAGCGUAGUAACUGUUGAAAAAAUUAAAAAUCUUCUUUUAUGAAUAUUUAGACAUUAGAAAAUAUGGUAAUCGAAUUCUCUACAGUUGCACCAUAGGUACUCUUUGAAAUUCAUGUCCGAUUUGUGACACCAUUUUUUGUGGCACAUUAACCAGUUCACCUUAAAUAGAAAAAAAUUUUAUAAUUUCACUUUGUACGAAAACUUAUUCAACGUUUUAUUUGAACUGGUAUUCUUUCUCUCAUUCUGGGUAGUGAACGAAUAAGAAAAGGAAACUAUUCGACACAUAAUAGAUCAGCAUUAAAAUACACUGCUGAAGAAAACUUAGCAAUUUCAUAUGAAAACUUAAACGAAUACAGUAUAUACCCUCCUGUAAUCAUAAAAUACAUAAAUACAUAUUUCAAUAUCGUUCAACGAUUGUAGAUACGUUUCAUGAUAGGUAUACCAAUGAGAAUAAAAUCACUUACAAAAUAAAUACAUAGAAGUUUAAAUAAUUAAGAGUUAAGAUUUAUUGGUCUAGAAUAUAAACUUCCUCAGUUACUUAUACCAGUGAAUAUUAUAAUUGAAUUAUAUAUUUUUAAUGAGUUUAUGUACAAAUGUGUAAUCUGCUUUAAGAGCAAAAAUUAUAUAAAAUUUUGAUUGUAAUAGAUUUUAAAAUGUUUUUGUUAAAUAAGACCACAAGGCUAGGUUUCAUUAUUUUUUUUGAGACUUAAUAUAUUUUUCUUUAUUUAAAAAUUAUUAGAUUUUACGAAAUUUAUUAAGAACAUUUCUUUACGUUAAAAAAAAGUCUUUCUAUCAUAAACAAAUGCUAAAAUUCCAUAUUAUUAAUAGAAAUAUCUUUAGAUACAUAAUCAAACAAUAACAUAUUAAUAGACUUAAAAACAAAAUUAAACAAAAAAUAAAAAGCUGUAUGAUACAAAAUUAAUCUUUUAAACCGGGAUAGUAUGAAAGUAGUAAUAAUAUUAAUAAUUCUCUUGUAAGUUUGUACGUACGUAUGUCCCAAUACAUAUGUAUGUUAUUAUGUGUGCGCAAUAUCCGUAAAAUUUGGGUCGUCUUAUGGACGUAAUAAUAAAAAUGGAGUAUCUUUUAUUUUAACUAUAAGUGUUCUUAGUCAUAAGAAAUAGAAAAUAUCUCAACAGUCUUAUAAUUUCGACAAAAAAAGAUUUACUUUACAAUAAGCGUGUAAGAUUUAACUACUAAUAAUGUGUGUCAUUAUACAUAACAAACUUACAAAGCACGAAUAAAUCAUUUUACUAGUA